AUGAAUGCCGACUUGUUCUCUGCCUCACCCAAGCGUGCCGCCCCGAGCCAUGACGACCUCGAGAAGAGAUUACUGAGGAAGCUCGAUUUACGUAUGUCUAUCAUCAUUGUUUUGUAUGCCCUGAACUUUGUCGACAGAGCGAAUGCUGCUAGUGCGCGGUUGGCAGGCUUUGAGGAAGACCUGCACCUGCAGGGGAAUCAAUACGCGACAGUCUUGUCCAUCGUAUACGUGGGGUACAUUCUCAUGCAAGUGCCAGCGAAUAUGGUUCUGCACUGGCUGGAGAGACCUUCUAUCCUGAUUCCUUGUGGUAUGGUGGUAUGGGGCUUAGUAUCAACAUUAACAGGUUUUUACACGGGGGUUCUUCUUGCCCGUUUUUUUCUUGGCUUUGUUGAAGCCCCCUUUUACCCUGGUGUUUUGUAUCUUAUAUCUGGAUGGUACAAACGAGAUGAGCUCGCCGUGAGGACGACUCUCGUUACUUGUGGAUCUGUGCUCGCCUCUGGGUUUGGAGCCGUUUUUGCAUCCGGUAUACUUUCAGGCAUGCAGGGAAAACUUGGUCAAGCUGCCAUAUAUAGAUGGUUAUUUUACAUCGAGGGCGGCGCCACCAUUCUAGUCGCGAUUUGUGCAUUUUUCAUUCUUCCUGAUUUCCCGCACAACACCAGCUGGCUCACACCGGAGGAACGAGCACUCGCUAUCUCUCGCCUUGCAGACGAUGGUUCCCUGGCCGACGAGCUUGGGAAACGAACAACCAUGCAAGGACUGCGGGAUGCUGUGUCCGACUGGAAGGUGUGGUGGUUUUCAGUCGCCCUCGUAUUCCAGUUCGUGGCGCUGUCAUUCGUCAUCUACUUCCCAACGAUAGUCGGGACUCUGGGAUAUGAUACGACGUCAACUUUGCUGCUCUCAGCUCCUCCAUGGGUAUUCUCCACAAUCGUUGCAUUUGUUCUUUCAAGGUACUCUGACAAGACGCAAAAGCGUUACGUAUUCCUCUUUGCCUCGAGUGCACUCGCUGGUCUUGGAUUCAUCAUAUCCAUCUGUACGAUGAACACCGCUGCGCGCUAUACUUCGAUUUUCCUGAUGGCUCAAAUAUCUGCUGCAUAUAUGGUGAUCUGGGGAUGGAUCAACAAUAUCUUCGCUAGAGAACCUGCGAAACGAGCUGUUGCUAUCGCUUUGAUUAACGGACUGUCACAGACAGGAAACAUCAUUGGAGCGUACGUCUGGCCGCCCAACUGGGGACCGACAUAUCGUUAUUCCUACGCUGUCUGUCUAUCAGCACUUGGGGUAUCGACGUCCAUGUUUGGUGUGAUGUAUUGGUAUUUGAGGCGGGUGAAUGAGCAGAUUGAGAGGAAGGAGCGGAAUGCGCAGGAUAUAAGUGAUCUUCGGGGCCCCGUUGGUUUUAGAUAUCUGGUGUAG